AUGUCCCAACAUGCUGAAGCAUCUCAAACCACCACCCCCUCCAUUGCUCUCCCAUGUGAAAUAGUCACUAAUGCUGCAGACAUAGUCAUGGCAGAGCUUCUGACACUCCAUGACUACAGGAACAAGCAAUACUGGAAAAGAGCUAUGCAUGUCAUUUGGGAACAGUUGACCCAUGUGCACCCUUUGGUUGAGGAACUGCCCUCAAAAUUCACCAUCCCUACCCACAUCAUUGCUGCCAAAAUGAUUAUGAGAGAUCUGGUGGUGCUUAUGGCAUUGAAGGAGUGGCUGAACUUUGACAAGAUCAGAGACACAAUGGAUGCCAAUGUCACAGACCAUCUGUGGUACCAGAUUGGAAGGCCUGUUGAUAAGGGUAAAGGACUUUGGAAGAACCCUGCAGCCAAUCAACUAGUCAGGCUGCUCCUACUGGCACUCAUCCUAGAAGUCGAAGGCCACAGAAGCAUACAAGCAACUGCUGGAGCAUCCACUGGUUGUGGCCACUUGGUUGCCACUCUUGCAACCCCUGCCACUGGCUAUAUGCCUGUUGCUGAAGAUGACCAAUGCGAUAGGGAUAGCUGCCAGAAGUACAGGUGUAGUAUCCUCACUGGAGUGAAGGCCAUGCAGUCACAGUCAAGGCGACCCUGCAGUCGUGCUGUAACUGAGGUGCCUGAUGGAACAGUGGACUGUCCCCAAACCAUUGCAGCCACCAGUAACCCCAGCCAAUGCUGUCCUCAAAGCCCUUCACCAGGGCCAUCAGCCACAAUAUCCUCAGAACCCACCACUCCCACAUGGCAGACCCAGAAGUGGUGGGCAUCCACUAGAAGUAUGACACCUGCUGCUGGCAAGACAGCCACCUUGGCUGCUCCAAGCUCCUGCAGGCAAAUGGUCAUCAUCACUCCAUCCUGGCAGCAGUCAGGUUGGCAGACAUCAAGCCUGGCAUCCUGGGGGGUGGCAACAUCCCAAAGCCAUCUCACUACCCCAUCCUGCCCAGUGACCCCCAAUGCCACCCCAAUGGAGUGUAUGGAAGAGGAGAUCACAGCAUUCCAGCAGCAGAAUAUGGAGAUGGCACACAAUCUGCUGGAAACCCACCAUGAGCUUGCUGAUACCCAGCAGGCCCUUGCAGAUACCCAGACCAAGUUGCAGAUGCUUUGCGAUGUUGUCAAGGCCUUACACCAGCAUCUGUACCCGUUGCCACACUCCUCACCUGAUGCACCUGGACCCUCCUGCCCCUCCCCCAUUGGCUUUGCAAUUACAAGUCAUCAAGCAGUCAUUCCCACUGAUGGUGCAAGGAUACUUGACCUUGCACCCACUAUGAUGGUCCAGGAGGUUGCGAUUGAUACCAGCAUCCACCAGAACCUCCUGGGUGAUAUGCUUUUCACCCCUUCUACUCUCCUGCCACCCCCCCACCAUUUUGCAUACUCAUCCACCCCUGGUGUAGGAGAAGCCUGGCCCCCUAUCUAUGUCUCUUUGGGGGCAGUUGCCGACUGUGCUGGUGGGGAUGAUGCUGAUGAUGAGGAUGCUGCUAAUUGGAUGGAUGUAGAUUAA